CAAUCAGCGACGCGGACCGUUGAUUUCGUAGCGAUUAAGUGGCGACGGACUAAACUCGACGAUCACAGUCAACUAUCUUGUCUGUUUGCAUGAAUCUGGAUUCAUCUUUGGCAAAUUUUACGAUAUGAAAGUAAUACAGAGUAUAAGUCGGCUGCAGCGAUCACCUGAGAAUGUUUUCAUCCCUGUGCACACACAACUGCGUCCCCGUACACGCAGCAGUGUCACUAUAUGGCAUCUUCCUGAAGAAAUACUCCUACAUUUUCUUAAAGGUCUACAGAUUAAAGAUUUGCUGAACAUGAGGGUGGUUCAUCCCUACUUCCUGCAACUGAUCGACACACACACCUCUAUCUGGACCGCAGUUACAUUCCACAACUGCUGGCCAUCCCCUGCCAACCUUCAACAUUUCCAGAGAGCUCAAGAAAAUGGUAACCUGGAAGCCUUAAUCAAGCUUGCUGUGGCAUACCUCUACAGCGAGGGAUUGCCAAGUCCUGCAACCUCUGAACUGUGUCCAUCCAAUGGUAACCGUGCUGCGGAGCUGUUCUGUAAGACUGAAGCUCUCACCCCUAACACAGUCCCUUUCACAUGGCUCUUUAUCCGCCCUCCAUGGUCUGUGAGUGGCGCCUGCUGCAAGGAGGGUGUCUUUCAGUUCAUGAAGAAAUACCUAGAGAAGGAAGUCAACCGAGAUAUCAGUGUUUGUGUUGGGAAGAUGUUGCAACUCCUGGAUGGGGAAGGUACUGAGGCAGCUGCCGUCCACUACUUACAGUUGGCUGCCAAGCAUGGGUCAGCUGAUGCAGCACUUGCAUUGUGGGAGUUGCAGUAUUCACAGAGGGUAUUAGACAAAGCAGCUGAACUAGAAAGUAUGCGCCAGUUGCGUGAUGUGGCCAGUAUGGGAUGUCUGAACGCCCGACUGUAUUUGUGCAAGUUUUAUGCAUCUGGGAAAUAUGGUGGCAUAUCUCGCUCUCAAGUGGCAGCGUUCCUGAGAGAAGUCUUUCAAACUACCUCUCCCACAGGCACUCACAAGACGUUCCAGAACCACAGAGACCUCACCCCAUCCAUGAGAUACAUCCUUGUUGACUGGCUGGUAGAAGUAGCAGGGAUGAAGGACUUCUCCACCCUCACCCUCCAUGCUGCCGUCAACCUGGUGGAUCGAUUCCUGCAGGUGCAUGCUGUUCCCCGCUCUCAACUGCAGCUCCUGGGAGUAGCAGCUAUGGUUAUUUGCUCAAGAUUCCUUGGCAAGGAUAUUAUCACAAUCCGUGAGGCGGCCUGGCUCACUGACAGCACCUACAGCUAUGAGGAUGUAGUGAGGAUGAUGGGAGAGAUCACAGCCACAGUGCGGGGCAACAUUCGGGUGGCUACCAGCCUGGACUACGUGAACAUACUGACUGUGCUGGCACCAGGCAUGGACCGACGCUGUACCAAACUUGCCGAGUACAUCUGUGAACUGAGCUUGCUGCAGGCUGAGAUGGGACAGUACAGCCCAGCUGAGAUUGCUGCUAGCUGUGUCCUCCUAGCUCGUAUUCUAGUCAAAAUGGAAACCCCCUGGCCCUCUAUGAUGGAAGAGUUCACAGGGUUUUCAGUGGAAGACAUUAGCAGGUGUGCCUUCCAUGUCCAUGAGAAAUGCUUCAUGGAGGGGUCAGUUGUAGACCAUCGUGACAUCACUCUACAAGCAGUCAAACAGAGAUACUCGGAUGAGAAAUACCACUGUGUCAGCAAUAUUGAUAUAAUGAGUUACGAACAGCUCUGCUCAAUCAUGGGUGUAACAGAACACGUCCUGCAUGGAACUGACGUGAAGCUCCGAUUCAAGAAUGCAGAUGAACUCAUUGUCUCACCAUCACGGGGGAAGAGUCGCAGUCACAGAACUAUCAAACGCAGUAUGGAACGUGAGAAAGCCUCAACUCCAACUGUUGAAAAGUGGGAAUUCCCAGAGAGCGCAGUGAUGUCAGGUUAUGAUGGUGACCAUGAAGAUGAUGAUGAGGAAUCAUUUAUGGAACUUAAUGACUCCAUAAACAGUGUGAUGACCUGUGACAGCUCUGACCUGACCAUCGACUCCGACAGUGACACAUACACUGCAUGUCUUUCAAGCUUCUGCAAUGGAGAAUCCAGUUUGGGAGGAAUAAAAGUGAAGCUGCUGGGUGCCUCCUCCUCAUCUUCCCCUUGCCUCCCUUUCCCCACCAGCUGCCGGUGUGCUCAGUCUUCCUCCACCUCGGGCGUCUCCUCCCCCAGCAGCCAGUCUAGUCCCUCCCCACAAACAAAACGCACAAAGUGCAAUUUCCGCAGUUUCUCUUGCUACUCCAUGUCUCACAGUGACUAUGACACUAAAAGCCCAUUCGAGGAUUCCUUCACCACAAGAAAGAGUCCUCGCACAGCAACGCAGAUGACCUCGCCAAAUGCUUUAAAAAGAAAGAGUCGUAAAAGAACAAGUAACACUGGAGGAAACAGUAUAUCCUAGAUGGCCUGCACAGUUGCGAGCUUGUUGGGUCAAGCUGCAGACUGGGCAGACAACUUAUGAUAUGUCCAGUAUGUGUUGUGGAAAUAGUACAAGUAUCACUGACAAAGUGUUUACAUUGUCAAGUAAGCUUGCUCACAAAUCAAUCAUGUCCAACUGUUCCGAGUCAGUAUCUUAUAUGUGAUAAUACCCCAUGUGGCUGAUGUCAGCUCAUUGCUGACUGAACAUGCCCCAUGUUCGUAACUCAGGUGCUAACUCAGUGAAACUGAAACCUCAGUCAGGCUGUCUCUUUCAUUGAUCAUAUGAUCUCCUGGCCUGUGAUACACUUUGGGUGAAUGAAUGACGUUUUCAUCUUCCAGAGGUAUGCCUCAAGUUGACGGCUGAACAGAAUGAAAUGACCCCCUCAACUUGUGCUAUUCCUCUGAUGUGAGUGACUGGUUAUUACAAGUGCUAUGUGUGUAAAUUAUAAAGAGCAUUAUUGUUUAUUUGUACAUGAAGUUGUAUUAUUUAUGAAACGUCCAUCAGUAUUGUUCAAUGCUGUUUUGUGUAUUUCUGUACAUAGUUGUUAAGUUGGAAGAGAGAAGUCCAGUACAACUUGGUCAUCUAGAGUAGCACGGAGGCUACACAAGCUCUCUGUUGUCUAGUUGCACAUGUUGAUUAGCUUGUAAAAUCAUUGAGAAAAUUAUCAAAUGUUUCAUGAAUCCUGCAUACCAUGGUUUCUUAACAAAUUAGAUUUUUCACAUACAUGUCAUAAUCAAAAUAUCUUUUGGAAGAAGUAUUGUGACCAGUGUUUUAUAUUUACCACAGUGCAGUUGCUGCCUCCUUGGACAGAAACAUCUGGUACUGACACUCUUGCUCAGGGCAUUAUUCUAGCUCCUCGCCAUAUUUUAAAUGGCCUAUUUUUUAAAAUCAAUUUACAGUAUUCAUUAUGUGCUUCCAUUUUGUAAGAAAAUCUUUACAUAAAAAGUAUGUAUGAGUUAUGUGGCAUAAGAUUACUUGAUGAAAAUGUUAAAGGAUGUGUUGGAAAAUAUUGCCAUAAUGAUGAAAACAAGUGAAUUCAGCAUAAUCUCUGAAAACCUCAUUAAAUCUGCAGAGAUUGUAGAACUUUAUCAUAAGGAAUUGGUAUGUGAGGAACAAGCAAUUUAUUUAUUGAAACAUUGUGAGAGGAAGACAGUUUGCAUGGAGAUAAUUGUGACAGUGUCAGGGUGGCUCACUCUACUCAACCCGCUGACAUGGUUGGAGGCAUUGUCACCAUGUUACCAAGUUGGAGCUGUGUUACCAAGAAAAGCCUAGUAUGUUGGAUGUUGGGUGCAUGAGGUUUGAAUGCAACUGAGAGCUGAUAUGCAGAUCUGUGAAUGUCAACACUGAUAUUGAGACAUAUUUAUUAUUUUUUUGUAAUAAACACAAAUACCAAAUUUA